AUAAAAUAAUAGAGUUAGAUUUUUAAAAGAUAAAAUAUUUAUUUAAAAAAACAUUAGCUAUUAAAUAUAUAUACUUAAGAAGUUUCAUAUUUAAGUGAAAACAAUGAAUAUCGCAAGGAAAUUAACAACAAUACCUUAUAAUGUGCGGAAGACUUUUUACAGAAAAUUCAAAAUUUCAGCAAUAAACAGUGAUACUGUUGAAGCAACUCAGCCAAAAGUGCAAGAAGAGAAGUUUGAUUUUGAAGAUUUAAAGGUAUUUGAGCGCACAGAACGAAGAAGCGCCAAAAUAGACCCGUUUAUGAAAGAAGUUUUCGUAUCGAAAUUUAACCGGGACUUACUCGCUUUUCCAGAAAUUUUGACUAAAGACGAGGACGAAGCCCUCGAAAACAGAAUAUCUUUCCUCAAAAAGUCAUUUUCUAACGCUAACAGUACAAAAGAAGAACGCAAAAAUACGUUAAGACGAGCUAGUAUGUAUGCAGCUACUGUAAAUCUUACUAAGAACGGCUUAGCAGCUAAUUAUACAGAACUAUUACGAUAUUUAGAAAUAAUAGGAGCUGAUUUAGAAUUAGGACAGGCUAUAAGCGAGCAUUGGGUUGGUGUGACAGCUCUUUCACAAGGCUUAUCAGCAGAUGACUAUACAGAUAUUAUUGAUGAAAUAGUGUCUGGUGAUGAUACAAUUAGUAUUUGUAUUAAAGAGAGGAUGUCUGAUAGAUUGUCUCAGUCAGACUUCAGGACCACAGCUGAAAUUGAUGAGAAAGGUAUUUGGAGAAUACAUGGGGAGAAAAUUCACAUUAACAAAACUAGUUAUAUUCUUGUUUUGGCCAUAACGGACGGCAGCAAACUAAAACCGUUACUUGUCCGACCUGGAGCUGAGGGAAUAAGUUAUAAGGACAAUUUUGUUACUUUCUCCAAUACGCCUGCUUUAGAAUUGAACAUGACAAACCAAGCAAUUCUAAGUCAGACAUUAGGUACUAAUCGCUUGCAUACGGCAACACUGUGCAGGACAAGCUUACAACAGGCAACACAGGCCUGUUUAGAGUAUAUUCGUCCACGGUUUAUAAGUGGCAAGCCGCUAUCAGAAUUAUCAACAAUCAGAUCGACGAUCGGAGAAGCUAUAUUAUAUAUAUACGCGAGUGAAAGUGCCGAGUACUUCACAGCUGGUCUUCUCGAUGGCUUCAUGGAUCCUGAUGCUGAACUGGAGAUGGCUAUGUGCAGAAAUUUUAUAUCGCACCACGGGCAGCGUGUGCUGCUAAAACUUCUGGCGAUACCAGGAGUGGAGAAACAGAGAGACUGUCUCCGAUUGCUGGAGAAUAUGAGGUCAUUGACCCUGCGAGGGGAGAACGUCGAAGAAGUUAAUAUGUUUAUAGCCUUGCACGGAGUCCACCACGCCACCAAAUCAAUGGCAGAAGAGAUUAAGAAGAUAAGGAAUCCGUUUUUUAAUCCAACUUUUGUGUUCAAGAAGAUGAUUACCAACAGGCAUCAGGAUAAAGACGAUCCAAAACUGGAUUUAUAUUUGUCCGAACACCUCCACCCGAGUCUAAAGCCACCGUCAGAGAGUCUAGAGUAUUGUGUCAAACGCAUGCGUUACGUCACCGAGAUCAUCAUGUCCAGGCAUGGCUUGGAAGUCGCAAGCGCAUACACGGAGUUGAAUCGGUUGGCUGAAGCUGCAACUGAAAUAUUAGUGUGUACCGCUGUCCUUGCGAGAGCUUCGAGAUCUUACUGUAUCGGACUGAGAAAUGCGUCGAACGAAAUGAAGUUGGCAGCGUGUUACGUCGAAAUGACUAAAAAUAGGGUCAAAACGCUAUUAUCUGAAAUUAUCGAUGGGGAGUACCUCAAUUUAGAUCAUUUUAGAGUGCAAUUUGGUCGGAAAUAUCUAGAUACGAACGAAAGUUUGACUGAAAAGCCUACUGCUAGGGUAUUUUGGUAGAAAAAUUAAUAAAAUUUAAAAAUUUAUUAAAGCGCCAUCUAUCGAGAUCAAAUGUAAUUUUUAGCGACUUCCAGGUUCAAAGGUUAGGAUAUCAAACCUACCUGUGAAAAGUUUCUGUACGCAUUUUAACAUUUGACAGCGCUCAAGACUGGAUUGUGACUUGAGAUAUAAAUAUAAACAGGCUAAAUAUUGCGAAAUUUAAUCAUUCAGAUAUUGGUAAUUAGCUUACUUCAAUACUUUUUCAAAACAAUAAAUACAGUAAACCCUCAUAUGACACGGUAAAUCAGUUCCGCGUUGUAGGAGUAUUAUCGCGCUUGUAUGACUCCAUAUUACAUGAAAUUCCCGCGUUAUAUGGGAGAAAAUCCGUGUUAUAGGGACUGAAAUCGCGUAAUAUGAAAAUGCGAUUAAUAAGGGAGUUUACUGUAUUGUCUUUAGCGCCAUCUAUCAAGUUCUAUUGUAAAUUAAAAACUUUCAGGGAUCUAUAGUAUAAAUCAGAUUGUUAAAUAUACGAAAAUAAUAAUAUUUUAUUAAAUCACUAUUGCAACGCCAUCUAGCGAGGUAAAUUGUAAACUAAAUCCAUAUACAUUAAAAUAAAAAACGUUGUAGUUGAAAUAUUGUACGUUUGAAAUUGAUGGUUUAUCCAAAUAAAAUAUAUUUAUAUAAGAAACAUUGUACUAUGAACAUAUGCAGUAUCUUAUCUUCAGCGCCAUCUAUUGGAUAUUUAAAUCACCCAAAACCUAGUUCAAUUAUUUUAAGUUGCAACUUUCAUUAAUUUAAUAGAAUGUACGUACUUUCGAACUCGAUUCCUAGAGAACGCAUUUAAUAACCCAAUUGUACACUUUCCGCUAUCAAAACAUGUUUUUCAAACAAAAGUUGUUAGAAGUAAAAAGUAUUUUAGUUAUUUGUUAAUAAAAAUUAUAACUAUAAAA